GCAAAUAGACGUCACUUAAAAUGGCCGACCUUGAAGUAGACGUUAUUAUAACAGGCACCGGUAUCACUGCAUCGGUGAUUACAGGAUGCCUAGCUUACAGUGGUUGCAAGGUGCUACAGAUUGAUAGACAUCAUUGCUACGGACAAAACAAUAGGACGUUGUCAAUCAAACAGCUUCUUGAAUCGUCGGAUGCGCAUUGCCUAAACUCUCCAUACUAUCUGAAACAACAGUAUGAAGCAGUAUUUAAUCAAUGUACAACACAGGAUGUAACUGGCCAUACAACGGUAUCCGGGUCAUCAGAAUCAAAUGUAGUUCCAACAGAAUGUAUUACUCUAGACACUAGCAACCACGUCAAUUUUAAAGAACAAAAUCGCUUGAUGGAGCUAAUGGAUAUAAUGUACAGUAAUAAAGAUCCAACUCCGCAAAUAUUGUAUGAAAUAUCGCCAUUUUAUAAAGAAGGUACCAGAGCAAUAGAGGUAUUGGAUAACCUCUGCGCAAAUAGUAGCAAACAUGCCCUGGAUUUGUGGCCAAAAUUAGUAUACAGCUCGUCUGCUGCCGUAGAUCUCCUGGUUAAUUCCGGAGGACACAGCUAUAUACACUUCACUGAUGCUAAUGGACCGGUGCUAUAUGGCCAAGAUAACGCAAACAACGAACGUAUACAACUACAGGAAGUACCGCAUAGCAGAAAUGCUAUAUGCAGAUCGCAAAUGUUAGAGCCUUUGGAAAAACGAACGCUCAUGCAAAUGGUGACUGAUAUAAUGGCAGGAUACUGCCUACCACAAUUCUCAUCACUGUCACUCAAAGGAACUGAGACAACAUCAAGUGGUACCGGUAAUAUUGCAGAAAAUUUAGAGGAGCCAGAUAAAAACUGGCUAGAGUUUCUACGAACAAGGGGAUGUACACCAAAUAUAAUCAACGUACUGUGCUAUGGAAUAUGCAUGGGAGGUUCAGACGUUGGUACAUGGACCAAAAAGGAAGGAGUGCAACGACUUGUAAAGUAUGCCCAGUCGAUCAAUCUAUAUCGGGAGUCAAAUUCGCCAUUCAUAUACCCAAUGUACGGAACAGGGGAUAUUGUGCAAGCAUUCUCCAGAGUUUCAGCAGUACUUGGCACAGUCUUCAUGCUGAGGACGUGGAUAACAUCCAUAGGUGAACCACAGGAAAACGGAUUGCGCAAUGUUACGCUUUCUAAUGGGAUGACCGUACGUACAAAGUUAUUACUACUAGAUGGCUCACAAAUCGGCGAUACGCUGUAUAACAAGCAAGUUCAGUACCAACAAAAUAGAGAUAUGAUGGAUACUCUAGCAGAGAAACCUGCCAGCACACAACCACGCCGAGUCCACGUGCUAGGAUUAAUCACUGAGAAGCCAAUACUCCCAUCACUUACAUUAGCCGUGACAACAGAACCAAGUUCGAAUCCUGACGAGACAAAAGACCCAGUAUACAUUAUACAAUCAGGAGCUGAAGCUGGAGCAACACCGGAAAAUACAAAUGUGAUAUAUUUGAUGACCGUAGACAACACUGAAAAGGCAGAAUUUAAUGAUCUGGCAAAUUGUACACACCCAACCAUACAACGGAUGCUAAGAAUAUGCAAUAAACUAUGCCCAGACAAGGGUGUAUUGGAAAGGGCAUUACUGUCGAUCUAUACAGCACAUGAAGUGGGUACAGAAGUUAAUAGUGACCUAGUCAAUAUGGAAGCACACAGAGGAUGGCUUUCACAAGAUGGAUGCUAUAUGAAAAAACAAGGACUUGGGGUCGCAUUCAUACCGAAAGUUAAAGCAACACCAGUAGUGCCACUCGUCGAAGAAAUACCAUUGGCAAUAUCAGUUGUUAACACUUUACUUGCAAGAAAUGAAGCAUACAAAACAGCAUACGAUGAUAAGGAUCUCGGAAAAUACAUUCAUGUCACCCGCCCCGAAGACACAGAAGACAAUAAUAUGGACAUAACAGCAGAAAAGUUACAGUCUAUAAUAGAGAAGUACGGAUAAAAUAUAUUAUAAAUAUUUGUUUACUUAAUA